GGGCAUUUCGCUCUAUUAAAAAAGAAUCUGUUUGCAGUAUUGGUGGUUCUCUCUUCGCUCUUCUCUCUCUGGUUUUCUCUGCGAAUUUUCUUGCUUUUUCUUUCUCUUCUUUCCGGGUAACCAAACAGAGAUAUUUGGGUGAAACUUGACGAGAAUUGAACAAAUCAAUGCUGAGGAUCUGCAGGUACAUUUUCGGGGAUGUGAAGGUGCUUUCACGAGGAAUUUCUUGGUGGUGGAUUGUAACUUGUGAAAAUUGGCUAUAUCCCAUUGAGAUUUAUAGAUAGAAGGUCACAGAAUUUAAGUUUCGCAGAUACAUUUUGAAGAGAUUUACGCAGCUAUAGAGGGAAAUUGGUCAAUUUCCUUGCUGAUUAUAGAAUACAAGGAUCAGUUUCAUGAUAUACAAAGAUCUGAAUCUGACAUGAGAGUCGAGGAUGUAAGCUUUGAAAUGUCAACAUUCAGCUGAAAAUCUGACCUAGAUUCACAUAUUACCUUGCCUGAGGACUUAACGAAGCAAAAUUUGUUGUGAUUCACCGUGUUUAUAAUGUCAAAAUCUGGGUAACUCACUUUCGUCUGAGAAAAAAAUCAGCUUUCCCAGGUGUUAAAUUCAUUUGAGAAUAACAGAUUUCUUCCGCGAGUUGAAGUUUCAGGUGUGCAACAAAAGAUGGAAAAGGACUCUUUGAAAAGCAAUAAUAAUGUUAACACCAAUAAUACCCACAAAACCGGAGAUGAUUUGUUAAGGGCCGUUUCAGAGACUACCAAACAAACGACGUCGGAUUUUGUCUUGCAGUGGGGUAACCGGAAGCGCCUGAGGUGCAUGAAGGUCCAGGUGAAGGACGACUCCAACUCUUCGGUUCAUCGAACCACGGUUCGGGUGGACCGUAGGGUCGUUAGAGCUGAUAAAGAGGCUUCUAAUCAGCCAAGUACCACCAGAAAUACUAAUCAAAGCAAUGGCUAUUUGAAUCUCCGGCAGCGUCCUUCCUCGCCACAGCCACCGCCACCUCCACCUCCGCGUGUUCUCAGGAAUUCUGAGAAUUCUAGUGCCAUGAGAGGCCAGAGUAACGGUGGUGUGAGAGGCCUUGCUUCUCCCGAUAAGGGUACGCACGAUAGGAGAGGCAUAACCACCGCCAACAACUACGCCCACCACAACCACAACAGCAACCAUGAUAAUAAUAGCAAAUCUGGGGCAUCUUCCGAGACAGCGCAUGAUAGCAAGAAAGGUGGGUCGUCUUCAGGUAGCGGUGAGGCUGCACCUACUGUCUGGCCACCCAAGUUUGUGAUUGCUUUAACUAACAAAGAGAAAGAGGAAGAUUUCAUUGCCUUUAAGGGUUCAAAGCUGCCACAGAGACCCAAGAAGAGGGCCAAGUUCAUUCAACGCACUCUCAAUCUUGUGAGUCCAGGGUCAUGGCUAUGCGAUCUAACACUAGAACGGUAUGAAGUCAGGGAGAAGAAAAUCUCCAAGAAGAGACCAAGAGGGUUGAAAGCUAUGGGUAAUAUGGAAUCUGACUCCGAGUGAAUGCAAAACCUCGUGCAAGAACUAAAACGAGAAUGCAAAGCCUCUUGGGAUCAAUACAUAUGAUAAGGAUAACGACGCAACGACGGCGACUGCUACCACCAGUUGUAGAAAGCGGUUUAUUUUUGACGGAGGAUGUUGAGUAAAUGUUGGUAGUGUGUAAAUCAUCUCCUUUCAGGUGCUCUAAGAAUGAAAGGAUGAAUUUUCAACCAUAUGUAUUUAUGUUCUGUAUGAUCAAGCCCUCUAAUUUCAACUUGCAUCCAUUCCUUUGCUUACUCAAUCUAACGAGGUCUAUCAUUUAUUCUCAAGUGCAUUUUAUUAUUGCAAAGUGAAAGGGGGAUUGGAUGAUUUUGUAUUUUAUCAAUAUGGAAAUUGAGCAAACAUCUUCCUCAAGAA